AUGGUAGGUAAAUGUUUAGGAUAUAGAUGGAGUCCUAAAACUGAGAAAACAAAAGAUCUUAAUAAGCAUAUGGACUUAACACAAUUCAGACCAUAUUGGGCUCUCUUGCAACUAACACAAGCACAAAAUAUAUUUCAAACUAGAAACACUAUUCAAGCUCCAGUAGACAAUUUAGCACUAGCCUCCAAAGGCAAUUUAAUAUCAUUUGACAAAAACCUGCCAAUACAGCAGCCAGCCCAGCUAAGUAUGCCAACAGUUGAUCUUUUAACUGAUGAUAUUCCAGAAGCAGAUCCUGAAGCUGGUCCAGUUUCUAAAACAGAUAAAGAAUGGUUUGAUCUAAUAAAAUCAAAUAUUAGUGAAUCUAAGCAUCAUGAAGUAUGGCAAAAUGGUAUUCAGUAUGCAAAAGAUAUGUUUAAAGUGGAUAGAGCCAAAUAUGCAUUCUCAAUCUGGUUUAUAGAUACUGAAGAACAUAAAUUAGAAGCUGGAAUGACCAAAGAGGCAAAUAGUAAAUAUAUAAAAGAUGGUCCAAAUGUUAUACUUACAAAGAAAACGAAACCAGAUUUUUGGAUAGGAAUAGAUAAAAAAUUUCUGAUUAGAGAAGUCAGUAGGCAAUCUGAGGUAGAGGAACUUGAUA